CCUUAUCUCUCCUAAGUACUCAGAGGCAGUCUCAGAAUUCUGAACAGAAAGAUACUAUUUUACUCUCUCUUUCUCUCUCUAGACCUCCGUCUCUCCCUUCUUCUCUCCGCCCACCGCUCCGGACCCCAAACUAGGUUUUCCCAAGUGUUUAUGCGUUCAUCUCCUUUGCAUUCUUCACAAUCCUAUCACUGGGCUCCAUUGUGUGCGCCCUUUCAAUUCACUUCGCCUCAGAUGGCCUGAAUGUCGCAGCUUAUGGCGAGUGGAAGAGCGGAUAAUCAAUGUUCUAGUGAUGCAAAGAACAGCUCAAGAGUGUGAGACUCAUUAUCUAAGGGCUUUCGUAUAGCGAGUGGAGUUAGUAAUGGGAACUGGUACUUGUGAAAUUGUUGAAGCAAGGGAAGAAAUCAAACCUGUUCAAAGUAAGGUAGGUUCUCAUCAUUCAGAUUUCUUAUCAAAUAAAGAUCGAAAACUUUCUGCAUUGAAAAUUGGAUUCAAAGGAUCUCUAGAGGAUGAUAUCAAUCAGAUUUUUGAGUCAAUUAGUAUUAAAAAUGCAUCCAAGAGUUUAGGUCAUUCGCAAGUAGAGGUAAAUGCACUGAGAAAAAGUACACUAAAGAAGCCGAUCACUGUUGGCAUACCUCGCUCACCAGGUAUUGGUACUUCCGAUUCUGGUAGUCUGAAGCAAGCACUUAGGGAACUAUGCGUUUCGAAAGCGUCUGAAAUGGCUGCUAUGAAGAGAGCAUCAAAAUUGUCUAGCUCUUCAAGAAUCUCCGAAGCGGGGCGGAUCAAGACAUUGUAUAAUUCAGUUAUGGUUGAAGCUACUGAGUCAGGCUCUUCUUCACGCAUGGUUGAAAUAUCUCUGGUUCAAGAGGAAAAGAAAUUGAACUUUGAGAAGAGACUUAAGCAUGUCCAGGCAUCUUCUGUUAAAUCUCCGGUUGAAAGUGCUCGUUCCUUUCAGUUGCCUAUUGCCAAAACAAAAAAUUAUAGCGAGGUUGUUACUGUGGAACAAAACGUCAAUACCACGUCGUCAAGGAAAGUUGGAUCUCAAACAUUAAGGGCAGAGCUGGAGAAGGAAGAGGAGUCCGUUACCCCACCAUCGUUAUCUUCCUGCACUAUUGGCAAGGUUUUAGAGAAGGAGAAGAAAAUUCUUGCUGGAAGCAGGGUAGCAGAUAAAGCGGCAUCGUCCAAGGCAGGACAAAAAGGUAGGAUGCAAACUGCAUCUUCGUCUAAGUUGGGUAGUGGCAAUAAGGUUACCAAGUUAUCUAGAAGUGCCUCCCGUUCGGUUAAACCCGUUAUUAGGAACAAGGGGCUGGCUAAGAAGAAAGUCAAACAGGAUUUGAGUUCUCCAACAUGUAGUUCAAGCACAUACAAUGCAGUCAAUGAUGAUACGGAUCCUAGUAAUAGGAAGUUGAUAUGUGAGCGAUGCCACUGUGCAUUGAAUGGUGCAGCUAAAGACUCAAUGAAGGGCUCUGCAUCCCAGUUUAGUGGUCUUGGCACUGGUGUAAGCAUGACGAAUUCGAAAUCAGGCAUUAGCAAAUCAGGCAUCUACGGGGAUGGCAAGGCUUCUGAUGUUAGAGUAAAAAGAAAUACAAGGGCACGGGAUAAGGGCGAAUUUUCUCAAAGCUCAAAAAGUAGUCAAGGUGAUUACAGUAGCAGUACGACGAGUAUUAUAAGUGAUGACAGCAAUGGUCGUGGAUCCAGUAAUGGUAACAGACCUCAUAUGUCGAAAGAUGUUAGGUGGGAAGCCAUACGCCAUGCACAAUUGGAGCAUGGGGUCCUCAGCUUGCGGCAUUUCAAUCUUUUAAAGAAGCUUGGUUGUGGUGACAUCGGAACCGUGUAUCUUGCUGAGCUAACUGGCACUAGUUGCUUAUUUGCCAUCAAGGUCAUGGACAAUGAGUUUCUAGCAAGACGGAAGAAAAUGCCGAGAGCGCAAACUGAGAGAGAAAUACUUAGAAUGCUAGAUCAUCCCUUCCUUCCAACACUUUAUGUUCAAUUUACUUCUGAUAAUUUAUCAUGUCUCGUCAUGGAGUAUUGUCCUGGAGGAGAUCUUCAUGUUCUUAGGCAGAAGCAGCUAAGCAGAGUUUUUCCUGAACCCGCAGCAAGAUUUUAUGUUGCUGAGGUCCUUCUUGCUUUGGAGUACUUGCACAUGCUUGGUGUUAUUUAUCGAGAUUUAAAACCCGAGAACAUUCUUGUCAGGGAAGAUGGUCACAUAAUGCUUACCGACUUUGACCUGUCGCUUAGGUGCACGGUCAGUCCAACGCUCCUGAAGUCGUCAUCCUUCAAUGCAGACUUGGUGAAAACCUCAGUUCCAGGUAGAGAUUCUAGUUGUGUUGAGCCAUUUUGCAUUGGACCAUCAUGUCAAGUCCCAUGCUUCAGCCCCAGGUUCUUACCUGCUACAUCCAAAGCAAGGAAGUCAAAACCUGACCUCACAACACAGUUCAGGUCAUUGCCCCAGCUCAUUGCCGAACCCACUGAUGCACGAUCAAAUUCCUUCGUUGGCACUCACGAAUAUUUGGCUCCCGAGAUCAUUAAAGGCGAGGGUCAUGGAGCUGCAGUCGAUUGGUGGACGUUUGGUGUUUUUCUAUAUGAGCUUCUAUAUGGUAGAACCCCAUUCAAGGGUUCAAACAAUGAAGAAACAUUAACCAAUGUAAUCAUUCAGAGCCUCAGUUUUCCCGACAGCCCGAUCGUUAGUUUCCAAGCAAGAGAUCUUAUCCGAGGACUGUUGAUAAAAGAACCCGAAAAUCGAUUCAGGACAGAGAAAGGGGCUGCAGAAAUCAAACAGCACCCAUUCUUCGAGGGGCUAAACUGGGCAUUGAUCCGUUGUGCAAUCCCUCCAGAACUUCCUGACUUAUGUGAUAUGGACAUUACAAGCAUGAUUGCUCAACAAAACAAGUUCAGGUAUUUGGAAAGCAAGUCCACUGGAGAACACCUCGAGUUCGAACUGUUUUAGAACUCGCCGACCUUGCUGUAAUUAAUAUUGUAGCGUAUGAUGUAAAUUUGGUCGAGAAUAUUUGUAUCAAUGCUUACCAUUUUCAUUGCUUCAUCAAAGGUCUCUGAGUUCAAUAUUAUGUAUCAACAUAUCCUUUUGGUAGCCUCUGAAUACAGGAAAUCUUAUGCCAA